AUGUGUGGAACAAACGACGUGCCAAAUAAAGGUUGUGGUGGAAGCGUCAACCAGCUCGGAGGGAUGUUUCUCAACGGCAGACCUCUCCCUGAAUCCAAGAGGAGGAAGAUGAUUGAGCUGGCCUCAGAGGGAGUCCGUCCGAGCCAGAUCUCCAGGAUACUUCGGGUGUCCAACGGGUGCGUCAGUAAGAUCCUGAGCCGCUACCGCCGCACUGGACUCCUGGAGCCCAAGACCAUAGGAGGGAGCCGACCCCGGCUUCUCACGCCCGGUGUCAUCUCCACAAUCAUCCAGUGCAAAAGGGAGAAUCCAACCAUUUUUGCUUGGGAGAUUCGGAAAAGGCUCACAGCAGCGCGGAUAUGUAAAUUCUCCAAAGUUCCCAGCGUGUCGUCUAUAAAUCGCAUUUUAAGAAAGAUCCACUUGGACCACGGGCCCAUGUGCAUGGAGAUCAGUGCGCACACAGAGCAGAAUUUUGCUUCUCUGAUCCAAGAGGAAGUGAAUGAGAGACACAUGUUGGAGACAGUAUGCAGUGAAGACCAGAAACCUAAAGGUGCCCAGCAGAGAAACCGCACCACCUUCACAAUGGAGCAGACCGCAGCACUCGAGCAAGAAUUCUCCCACAGCCAGUAUGCAGACAUGUACACGAGAGAGAAGCUGUCAGCUGAGAUCAAACUCCCCGAGGACACCAUCAAGGUCUGGUUUUCAAACAGACGGGCGAAGUGGAGGAGGGAAGCCAAAUACAGCAGUGACACACAGAACCUUAGCAAGCAAAGAGAUUUUGUCCCUGUGAAUCCAUCACCUACACACAGCUUCACAUCUCAGCAGGCAACAGGAGCGUCAAGAGUCUACUGUGAAAACUCCGAGGCCUCCUCUACAUACAACACAGUUGCCAGGAAGUUGCAAAAUGGCUACUUCCUCCCAACAGAAACAGGUACGAGAAAUUCCGAACAUGUGACGUCCAUCUCAGUCCCAACCUCAUUCCUCCAUCAGUCUACUAACAUGAUGGCCCAGGCCGUGACAGACAAGACUCCACUGGAUCCCCACAGAGACAGAUUCACUUUCCCACUGGUCCACUGUCAUGCAGACACAAGGACACCCCUCCCUUUAGCAGCGGAGACAAUAAGAGCGGACAACCCUGUGACUCAGAGCUGGAACCAGCAGGGGAUUUCUUUCUCUUGGAGCCAGUUUCAAACAGAUGAGAGGUUUCUGUUUGUGCAACAGAAGUGGGACGUGAAUUCACAUCGAUACCUGGACUAA